GAAGCUUUCCCAUCCUGCACUGCUGCUCCUCGACGUUAUCCAACACACCAAGCCGAAUGUAGAAGGUGAGCUUCAGCGGACAAUCUGAUAGCGAUAUCAGACAGAUACGGUGACAGGCGCCCUUCAGCUCUCCAGCAUGAGCGGCAUGCGGACCAUGCUGACCUCUGCGAUCAUGGUGGGGGCGCUGGGGCUCGGCUAUGGAAUGUGGUCUGUGAUAGCUCCGGGAGAGGAGAGGCGGAGAGAGAUGAUCAAGAAUCUGCCCGAGUCAAACCCAUUGAGAAUGGAAGAGACGAGGCAGAGGAAUGCUCUGGUGAUGCAAGCUCUAAAGGAUGCUGCUGAAACCAGUGAGAAUCUUGCGAGAGGACUGGGACCUUCAAAGUAGACGGACUGUGUGGUUCUGAGACCUGCUUGCAAAGCCUUUACCCUGCAUACAUGCAGGCUGCAACCUGUGCAGAUAAAGACAGACAAUCCUUUGUGGUACAGAGAAGCCGUUGUGUGAUACUCUGUUGUCAUUGCACAUGAAAACAAUUGAGGUAAAUGUUAAAAUUGUUUAUUAAACUCUCCAAACAA